UACAGUCAGCCGGACGUUUCAGCGAGUUCACCGUCAUGGCUCAUAUUAAAUCGGUAUCAAUACUUCUGAUCAUCACAUGGUUCCUGCCUGCGCUUUCUACUGAAGUCCUGAAGAAGAAAGCUGGAGAUGAUGUCACCCUGAUCUGUCAGGCUCCUGAUGAUGUCGACAUCGCAGCAGUAGAGUGGAGCAGAACUGACCUGAAGGAACUAGAACCUGUUUUCCUUUCUGUAGACGGGCACAUUGUUCCAGACCACCAGCAUCCAUCUUUUAAGAACCGGGUGGAGCUGAAAGACAAAGAGAUGAAGAACGGCGACCUGUCGGUGACUCUGAAGAACGUGACUGAAUACGACAGUGGAACAUACGAGUGUCGCAUUAAAGCUGCUGGUGAAGGACGCAGGACGAGAGCCAUUAUUAAAACCAAGCCCAUCAGCACCAUCCAGCUGGAGGUUGUAGAUCAAGAUCCAGGUCAGAUGAAGAAACAGGAUGAAGAUCCAACAGAGGAACCUGCUGGGCGUCGACAUGAUGCAGUAGCAGCAGUUGGUGCACUGGCACUUGUUGCUGCUGUUGUUGUUGUUGUGAUACUCAGAAACCAAAGACCACGUCAACAACCCAGGUGUGACGACCGUCCACAAUCAGAGUGUGUAGAAAUUGAGAUGGAGCAACCCAACAUAAAUCAGGUGCGUUAGAUCAGUCUGUGGUUGUGUGUGAAAAAAGCUGUUGCAGGUGUGUGUGAUGCUGCAAGUUCAGACCCGUUUCCAUCCACUUCUGUUAUGCGGAUAUUUGAAGUCGGUUCAUCAAGUCGGUUAUGACAUCAUAACACUGCAGAAGAGGAGGGCGCAGCAUGACGACGUAGUACAGGCGCGUCGGUCCAAAAUCCAAACAAACAACAGCAACUGAAGAGAGCAAGAAAGA